UGUUGGUUUAGUUUUCUUAACAUCAGAGGUCAAGCAGCAAUAUACUCUCGGUGGGUUGCCAUCCCCAUCUACAUCUACAAUCUCCGAGAGGUGGCGAUCGAAAUCUGACACUGACAAAACUUGGUCCUAAGUAACUGGAUUUGAACUCGGUUCUCCAGCUCACUAGACCAGCGCAUAUCUCUCUGCGCCACGAUCGCCACACUCUCGAUCGGUGCUCUUUGAAAUAAGUAGUUGCCUAUGGUUAUGUAGGAGUGUGUAGGAGAUAAAUUUGAGGUUAUCUACGAAUCACGUUUACGAAGAUUGUGGAAGAUUGCGAAUGGUUGCGAACGUGGUUGCGAGUGAAUCGUCGAUUGAAAAACAAGGAGUAUCAUGUUUGACAUAUGGCUUGAUUUAUUGUGCGACGCUUCGAGUAAAGAAAACAUGAACUCGACAAUGUUCCUAAAGAUAUAAUCGUGCAAUAAAUAUAAAGAUAAAAAUAUUCUUCAAGAUGAAGUUAGUAUCAAGAUACAUAGAUAAAGAUGGAGAAGGGCGAGUGUCUCUUGUUCCUGAAAAUACCGAGGAUAUGUGGCACGCCUAUAAUCUCAUUAGCGAAGGAGACUUUGUAAGCUGUUCUACUAUCAGGAAAGUGCAAACGGAAUCUGCAACUGGUAGCUCUAACAGCUAUAGAGUCAGAACUACUUUAACGAUAUGUGUAGAAAAUAUUGAUUUUGAUACGCAAGCAUGUGUUUUACGACUUAAAGGUAGAAAUGUGGAAGAAAAUAAGUAUGUUAAGACAGGAGCAUAUCACACACUGGAUGUUGAGCAAAAUCGGAAAUUCAGUAUUACUAAAACUAAAUGGGAUUCUAUCGCUUUGGAAAGAGUCGAUACUGCAUGCGACCCUGCACAGAAUGCUGAUGUAGCUGCUGCAAUUAUGCAAGAAGGCAUAGCACAAAUUUGUUUGAUAACUUCCAACAUGACAAUAGUCCGUGCGAAAAUUGAUCAAGUUAUACCAAGGAAGAGGAAAGGACAUGUUUCACAACAUGAAAAGGGUUUGGCACGAUUUUACGAGAGCAUUAUGCAAGGCAUAUUAAGGCACAUCAAUUUUGAUCUGGUGAAAUGCGUUAUCCUUGCCAGUCCUGGUUUUGUGAAAGAUCAGUUUAUGGAUUACAUGAUACAACAAGCUGUUAAAUCUGAUAAUAAAGUAAUCCUAGAUAAUAAAAGUAAAUUUUUGCUAGUUCACACUAGUUCGGGUUUUAAACAUUCAUUAAAAGAAGUUCUAGCUGAUCCUGCUGUAGUCUCUCGAAUUUCUGAUACUAAAGCAGCAGGAGAAGUAAAGGCUCUAGAGGCAUUUUAUAAUAUUCUGCAGACGGAUCCUGCUAGAGCAUUUUAUGGCAAGAAACAUGUUGAAAAAGCUAGCGCUGCUCAAGCAGUGGAAACUCUACUUAUAUCAGAUAAAUUAUUCAGGUGUCAAGACGUAGCACUGAGAAAGGAAUAUGUUGAGCUGGUUGAAAGUGUGAAAGACUCAGGUGGCGAUGUUAAAAUAUUUUCGAGUCUGCAUGUCUCGGGUGAACAAUUAGAGCAAUUAACUGGGAUAGCAGCUUCAUUACGUUUUCCAAUGCCGGAGCUGGAAGACGAAAGCGAUGAUGGUAGCGACUCGGAAGAAGAUUAGAAGCACUAUUAAUAUGCUAACAAUUUUGUAUAUAUUUGUGCUGUGCGCAAUCAAAAAUAUCAUAUUAAUAGUAAAAAGAAAAAAUCUUUAUAUUUAUUUAUUAACCAUACGAGAGGUUUGCAUUUUCAUUCAUAGUUUAAAUCAUAGUACAAUCUGAAAAUGUUGCAUCUAGAAAUGUGUUAUAUUGCGAUCGCUUGUGUAUUAUCACUAUGUGAAGAAACAAGUGAACUUGAACAUACGAAACUUUUACAUACAUCAUAACUUAAUAUCUCAUUAGUAGUAUAUUUUGCGUUGCUCAGAAAAAUUCAUGAAUAUGAUUAAAUUUACAUUAAUUUACAUCAAUAAAGAGGAAAUUAAUAUACGGGGUGUCCCAAAUUUUUCCGGACAAACUUUAGUAGAUGGUCUAUGAGCAGAAAUAGGAAUGUUACAUAACAUAAACGUAGCUUUCAAAAUGCUUUGUUAGAAAGUUAGCAAAAAUAUGAAAUACAUAAAUAAGGAACAAUUUCAA